AUGGAUGAGAGACAAAUUAUAUGCUAUUGUCGAUUUGAUGGGAAAAUUGACAAAAAUGAGAAUGGGGAAAUUAUAUACAUCGGCGGUGUCACAGACCCUUUUAUGAUAACAACAACAACAACAUACGAAUCAUUUAUAAAUGAGUUACAACAACGUUCAUCUUCAAACAUGAGUGGUAAAGUCAUAUAUUAUACCACCGAAUCUAACAAGAAUGAACUUUUGAGGAUGACGGGAGAAUCUGGAUUUAGAGUGAUGCUUCUAGUGAGUGGUCCCAUGCUAAAUGUGUAUAUGGAAGAUGCAGAGCCUGUAAUUGCAUCAUGCACAAUUCCUACUGAUCAUAGUGAGAGACAAUUUGUUGAAGCCACAUCGCCAAUUGGUCUUCUACAAAGUGUUGCGUCAACGUCUUCAUUUCCUCCGAUAAAUGCGCAUCGGGAUUCUUUCCGACACAUUGAUGACAUUCUUUGCGUGGAUCAGCUUUUUGACAGCCCAAAUGAUUUCAAAGAUGCACUCGUUUUGUUUGGUCUUCGUAAUCAUUUUCGGUUCAAGUACUUGGACAAUAGUAGAAAAUAUUAUAGAGUUGUGUGCGAGGUUAAUAAUUGUCCAUGGAAAUUAUCAGCUGGUUGUGAAGGAAGUGGUGAUAUAGUGAGAAUCAAGCGGUUUAAUAAUGUUCACACUCACACUGCUCAAGACAUUUCAGAUUAUAAAGCCAUUUUUUGGUCGAAGGAAAUGGGUCGAGCUAUUGUGAACAAGGUUAGGGACAAUCCUAAAUGCACCCCCAAGACUAUUUCCACAGACAUAAACGGUGAAUUUUCUGCUAAAAUGACUUACAUGCAAUCGUGGAGAGCUAAGGAGUGUGCACGUCAUAUCAUUGAGGGAAAUCCCAAGGAUAGCUAUAUUUUAGUCCCGUGGUUGUGUGAACGAAUAGCAGAAUAUAUUCCUGGGACAAUUACAUCGUGGGAGUGCACGGAUGAUAGGAGAUUUAAGCGAGUGUUUGUAGCUUAUGGGUGCUCCAUACGAGGUUUCAUCAACUAUUGCAGGCCCAUGUUAGCAAUCGAUGCUUGCCACUUGAGUGGCAAUUAUAAAGGAACAAUGCUUGGUGCAACGGGGUUCGAUGCGAAUGAUGGCUUGUGGCCUUUGGCGUAUGCUGUUGUUUCUUCUGAGAAUGAUGAUGAUUGGCAUUGGUUCUUGAGCAAGGUGAAAGAGAUUCUAGAUGGUCGCAUUGUGACAAUCUUAACCGACAGGCAUCCGAGCCUAAUAAGUUGUAUUAGAGAUAUUUUUGGCUCCCAGUACCACUCAUGGUGUCUUCGUCACCUAACGGCGAAUUUUUCUACAUCCAUUCUUGGGAGACAAAGUUUAGGAUUGAGGGCUUCGGGUAAAGAGCAUGCGAAAAAAUUACUCGAUAAAAUUGCAUAUGCUCGAACUGUAGAUGAGUAUAAGAAUGCAUUGGCUGCCAUGCGGGUAUUUCGAGGGGAGUUAUGCGAUUGGGUUUUGGCGAAUUCACCUGAACAUUGGUCAAAUGCUAUGUUUACUUCCAAGCGUUGGGAUAAAUUAUACACCAAUCAAGCAGAGUCCUUCAAUGCAUGGGUGAAAGAAGAGAGGGUUUUUUCAAUCACAAGGUUGAUGGAUACACACAUGCAAAGACUCAGCAAAUUUUUAUACCAAAAGAGUUUGGACGUUCAGAAGUGGACUAUCCCGGUUGGGGAUCGUAUUGAGGAGAAAAUAAAAAAAGAGCAAGAGUUAGCUCUUGGUUUUCAGUCGAUGCGUGUUUCGCCUACUGAGUGUACAAUAUAUGAUCGAGACAGAAAACCAUUCAGGGUGGUAUUUGGCAGUGAAAAUUCUUGUAGUUGUUUGAAGUGGACCAUGAGUGGGAUUCCUUGUUCGCAUGCAUGCUAUGCCAUCCAUGAAUUAUCUUUAAAUAUUUAUGAGAUGGUUGAUCCAUGGUUUAGGGUUGAAACACAACAAAAACUAUGUGAACAUCUCAUGUCUUCUGUCCCCAUGCAUGAUAUGCCGAAUGCAGCUGCUGUUGCUGCUGCUGACGGUGAAGGUGCUUCCCAUCUUAGGCCUCCUGCGGUAACACGUCCCCCUGGACGACCUCGUAUUAAACGAAUCGAAUCACAAUUUCAAAAUGUAAGGUCGUUACACUGUUCGCGAUGCGGCGAGAAUGGUCAUAAUCGUCGAAAGUGCAAGGCUCCUAUACCUGGAUAGAAUAGUUAUAUAAUUGCUAAUUCUAGUGGAGUUAUUUUGUAAGGUGUUAAGGCCUUAAAUAUGGAAUUAUUUUGUAAUUACUAUUAAUUCCUUGGAGCUCCCCUACUGCAUUAGUAUAACUAUGUUGUGAUAGUAUUUCUAACUUAUUUAGAAAACAUUUCUAAGUAUGAUGUAACUUAUUCUAAGUUGAAUCUGUAUUAUUCGUCUGGUGGUUUAUUUUGGUAUUGAAAUUAUUUUCCUGGGUCCUCGUAUGAGUCUCAUGUGGAGUGUUAUUUAAAAAUCAUAGGUGUGUGAGUUUUCUGGCAGCUGGAGGGUCGUGAAAGCAAGGAGGUUAUGGGAUUAUGUGACAAUGGACGGGCUUACAUGUUACAUGCUUACGGAAGGCUAGGAAAAUAACAUCAUAUUAAAGUCAUUAUGACUUGUUUCCUCACUAUUAAUUCCUUGGAGCUCCCCUACUGCAUUAUGACUGUUAUUUCAACCACAAUUUACCUCAUGAGGCUGAAUGGAUAAAUCAGUACAAAGGAAGAGUGUUCAGUUUAAACGACAAGCCUGUGGUGCAUAAAAUUUGGCUGCCGAAUGAGGAAUGCCCCAGAUUGGCAAUGUCUAGAGCCUUUGGGGACUACUUUAUUAAGGAUUUUGGACUUAUAUCCGUCCCUGAAGUGAGGUGUUGUCACAUAUAACCAGCAGAGACCAAUUUGUUGUGUUGCGAACCGAUGAGUCUUCCCGCUAGGGGCUGGGAAGAGAUAACAACGGGAGCGUCGAUUGCAUGGCUAUCAAGUACAUCAAAUUUGAAUUGGACACAAAAAUGUCGCGAUUCCCUCUCUCCGAUCAGAAACUUCGAAGGCAAAAUUUGUGCGAAAAAGUAUGUGUUUCCAUCUGCUUGUGUGUGUUUAUGUAUGUUCGCCAACCAAUUGAUAUUUUCGGCUUUCUGUUUCGUUGCAAUGAAUUCAAGAAAACGAGAAAAGUUUAAAUUCUUUUAGCUUUUGUAUCGAAUUCCUUUUGAUUUUCUUUCUUUUGUUUGUCUUCGUGAAUUUGUUGGACUUUUGGAUUUACUGUGAACUACGGUUUCUUCGUCUACUAUUUGAAUGUUUCUUUUUUUUAGACGAUAUCUAGUGUUGUUUGCAAUAUCUUUAGAUUUUUGUGGUUGAUGUUCCCAUUAAUUUCUUGGAUUUUGAUUUUUUUUCACGUAAGGGUUUCUUUAGCAUAUUUGGAUGGUUUAUUGUCUACGAAUAUGAGUUUUCAGGAAUUUAGGGUUUAUUUGUUCAACUUGUAUAGAUUCUGCACGACUAGAAUUUUUGACAUCAUUAGAUAAUUUUUUGGAUGGUUUGGAUUUCCAUGGGAUUCAACAUGAAGAUUCAGGGAAAACACACUCAAUAUGUUUUUGUUUCUAUUUGUAUAAAUUUGGAUUUACGUAGUUCUUUCUUUAUUCAGAGAAAUAGACCCAAUAAAGUUUAAAUAAUCAAUAGGUCCCAU